AUUUAGUCAAGCCACUCGACGAUAACCUCAUCACAUGCAAAAUGGACAGCUCAAAGGUUUUGACCACAGUUUGUGUGCUGGCCAUUAUAAUGGGUUCUGUGACUAGUCAGUCCUGUACCGAGACAUACCCUUGUUUCACCAAAUUGGGCACCUUUGUCGACGGUUUCAACGAUUUGAAAUCAGUUCUCAAAUCUGGAAAAAAGGCUGAUGUGGGUGGCAAUGUUUUGGAUGACGUCAAGGACAUACUCCCUGGUAACACUUUGGAUGAACUUUCUAGCCGGAUGGAACAAUUCACCUCCUGCAUUUUUGACGUCUUUAAAAGUUGUGGCAACGAGACUACAAGUUUGAUAAAAUCCAUCAGGAAACAAAUCCAGUCAGCACCUCCUCCCCAAAAUAGUUCCGGACAUCUCCAAAAGGAGCCCGGAUCUCUCCAAACGGUGUACGCACAUUCCCUCGCAGGAGCCGUAGAUACGGUCAAUGAUGUCGUAGAUGGAUUAGGGAAUGGCUAUGAAUACAACUAUUCGAGCGGAUGUGUGAAAUUAGAGUCUUGGCCGUUGCUCGGAGUCAUUGCCGUUCUGAUCUCAUCUGGUUUAAAACAAAUUCAACAAUGAGCCAAAAUGACCGAACGGUCUGUCAACAUACGUUACGCAGUCGUUUUCGCAUG